AUGGGCGAGCAUGGCCGUACCGACUCGUACCGCGUCGCAACCAUCGGCCCCAUUAAGGAUGAUAAUAGAACAGCUGAUGGACAUUACAAGACACGACGAAAACCACCCGCGAAAAAACGGAAACCCGGAGAUUUAGAUGAUCUUAAACAAGAAUUGGACAUUGACUUCCACAAAGUAACUCCCGAAGAACUCUACCAAAGAUUUCAAACGCAUCCAGAAAAUGGCCUUAGUCAUGCAAAAGCGAAAGAAAACUUGGAAAGAGAUGGUCCAAACGCACUCACACCCCCAAAACAGACGCCCGAAUGGGUGAAGUUUUGUAAAAAUCUCUUCGGUGGUUUCGCGUUAUUACUGUGGAUUGGUGCUAUUCUAUGCUUUAUUGCCUACGGAAUUCAGGCGAGUACGGUAGAGGAGCCCGCAGACGACAACCUGUACCUUGGUAUUGUAUUAGCCGCUGUAGUCAUUGUAACGGGUAUCUUCUCAUACUACCAAGAAAGCAAGUCAUCGAAAAUUAUGGAAUCCUUCAAGAACAUGGUGCCCCAGUUCGCAACUGUCAUUCGUGAGGGUGAAAAGUUAACACUACGAGCUGAAGAUCUUGUGCUUGGUGACAUUGUUGAGGUUAAAUUCGGUGACCGAAUCCCAGCUGACGUACGUAUCAUUGAAUCCCGAGGCUUUAAAGUGGAUAACUCAAGUUUGACUGGUGAAUCGGAACCCCAAUCUCGCGGAGCAGAGUUUACCAACGAGAACCCAUUGGAAACCAAAAACUUGGCCUUUUUCUCUACCAACGCUGUAGAAGGCACUGCUAAAGGAAUUGUGAUUUGCUGCGGAGACAAUACUGUCAUGGGACGUAUCGCUGGCCUGGCUUCCGGUCUGGACACUGGAGAGACCCCUAUCGCUAAGGAAAUCCACCACUUUAUCCAUUUGAUUACCGGUGUAGCCGUAUUCCUUGGUGUCACAUUUUUCGUCAUCGCAUUUAUCCUCGGCUACCACUGGCUCGACGCUGUCAUUUUCCUUAUUGGUAUCAUCGUAGCUAACGUACCAGAAGGUCUUCUGGCCACUGUAACAGUAUGUCUGACUCUCACUGCCAAACGUAUGGCUUCCAAGAACUGCCUUGUAAAGAACUUGGAGGCCGUCGAGACUCUCGGAUCAACGUCCACCAUUUGUUCUGAUAAGACUGGUACCUUAACCCAGAACAGAAUGACCGUCGCUCACAUGUGGUUUGACAACCAGAUUAUUGAAGCGGAUACGACUGAGGAUCAGUCUGGAGUUCAAUACGACCGCACUAGCCCUGGUUUCAAGGCCCUCGCUAAAAUCGCAACUCUGUGUAACCGUGCUGAAUUCAAGGGUGGCCAAGAUGGUGUGCCAAUUCUGAAGAAGGAAGUCGCCGGUGACGCGUCUGAGGCUGCUCUGCUUAAAUGUAUGGAGCUUGCGUUGGGAGAUGUUUUGUCUAUCAGAAAGAAGAACAAGAAAGUUUGCGAAAUUCCCUUUAACUCCACCAACAAGUACCAAGUAUCCAUCCACGAAAGCGAUGACUCCAACGACCCCAGACACCUGUUGGUGAUGAAGGGAGCCCCUGAAAGGAUUUUGGAACGAUGCAGCACUAUUUUCAUUGGUGGCAAGGAAAAGGUUUUGGACGAGGAAAUGAAGGAAGCUUUCAACAACGCGUACUUGGAACUGGGAGGUCUCGGCGAGCGAGUGCUUGGUUUCUGUGACUUGCAGCUGCCUUCAGACAAGUACCCGAUUGGCUUCAAGUUCAACACUGAUGACGUCAAUUUCCCAAUUGACAACCUUCGCUUCGUUGGACUCAUGAGUAUGAUUGACCCGCCCCGUGCUGCCGUACCUGAUGCUGUUGCCAAGUGCCGAUCUGCUGGAAUCAAGGUUAUCAUGGUGACUGGAGACCAUCCCAUCACAGCCAAAGCCAUCGCCAAGUCUGUCGGUAUCAUCUCCGAAGGCAACGAAACUGUCGAAGAUAUCGCAGCCCGUCUGAACAUCCCCGUCUCUGAAGUGAACCCACGAGAGGCAAAAGCCGCUGUCGUCCACGGAACUGAAUUGAGAGAACUUAACUCCGACCAGUUAGAUGAAAUUCUCAAGUAUCACACCGAAAUCGUUUUCGCCCGUACAUCACCACAGCAGAAGCUGAUCAUCGUUGAGGGUUGCCAGCGUCUCGGUGCCAUUGUGGCUGUGACCGGAGAUGGUGUUAACGACUCGCCUGCUUUGAAGAAGGCUGAUAUCGGUGUUGCCAUGGGUAUCGCUGGAUCUGAUGUGUCGAAACAGGCUGCCGACAUGAUUCUCCUCGACGACAACUUUGCCUCAAUCGUAACUGGUGUAGAGGAGGGUCGGCUGAUCUUCGACAACCUGAAGAAGUCCAUCGCUUACACCCUGACUUCUAAUAUCCCAGAAAUUUCUCCUUUCCUGGCCUUCAUCCUUUGCGAUAUUCCUCUUCCCCUCGGCACUGUUACUAUCCUUUGCAUUGAUCUCGGAACUGACAUGGUGCCUGCUAUAUCGUUGGCGUACGAGGCGCCCGAGUCAGAUAUCAUGAAGCGGCAGCCGCGGGACCCUUACCGCGACAACCUCGUCAACAGAAGGUUGAUUUCGAUGGCUUACGGCCAGAUCGGAAUGAUUCAAGCCGCUGCUGGUUUCUUCGUCUACUUUGUGAUCAUGGCUGAGAAUGGAUUCUUACCCUUGAAACUGUUCGGUAUAAGAAAGCAGUGGGAUUCGAAGGCUAUCAAUGAUUUGACUGACUCCUACGGACAAGAAUGGACAUACCGAGACCGCAAGGCUCUGGAGUACACCUGCCACACAGCUUUCUUCGUCUCCAUCGUGGUGGUGCAAUGGGCCGACUUGAUCAUUUGUAAGACCCGUCGUAACUCCAUCGUGCACCAGGGAAUGCGCAACUGGGCCCUCAACUUCGGUCUGAUCUUCGAGACUGCCCUCGCCGCAUUCCUGUCCUACACUCCCGGGAUGGACAAGGGUCUUAGGAUGUAUCCCCUGAAGUUCGUGUGGUGGCUGCCGGCCAUUCCCUUCAUGCUGUCGAUCUUCAUCUACGACGAGAUCCGGCGCUUCUACCUCCGCCGCAACCCCGGCGGUUGGUUGGAGCAAGAGACGUACUACUAA